UAUGUAGGUAGAUCUUUACGUGUAAUACGUGUUUAGUGUGAAGUUUAGUUUAUAUAUUUAAUCUGGAAUGAAGUUGGUUGAAUUCAGUAGAGAUCACGUCAGAGUCUGAAAAUAUUUGAUUACACAUAAAUUAUAUUAAAUAACAGUCGAAAUUAUUUUUUCUAAAUUCAAGUUAAGUACAUAAAUAGAAAAAGUUAACCAAAAGAUAAAAAGUAAUAAAAAUAAGCAAUAAUAAUGGAUAAAACAAAAUUAGGUAAUACAGGCAUGGAGUUACCACCAUUACGCAGUCUUGAUGAUUUUUUAUUAGAGUCAGCACGUUUUCAAAUUCCAAAUUUAAAAGAUCUCGAUAAAUGGGGAAAUAGAGUUGUCAAUAAUCUACUUUAUUAUCAGACAAAUUAUUUUUUUAUGUCAGUUGUUAUUUUCUUGAUCGUUGGGAUUAUCCACCCAGGUAAAAUGUUACUGGGUAUGGUGUCGAUGACAGUUGUACUUGCGUUAUUCGGAUAUGUUUCCAGUGAAGGAAGAGCUAUUCAUCAUUUUAAAAAACAAAACCCACUAGCUGGUGUAAUUAUUGUUGCCACAGGUGGAUGCUUUCUUGCGUACACUUUGGGAUCACUUCUCGUGUUUCUUAUUGGUAUUUUAUUACCUUUUUCUGCAACAUUUGUGCACGCAUCGUUAAGAUUAAGAAGUAUUAAGAACAAAGUCGUCAAUAAAAUCGAAGGAAUUGGACUGAAGCGUACACCAAUGGGAUUGUUUCUCGAGCAACUUGAUGAAACGUUAACGCAAUGGUUAAUAAAACUUGAGUCGUGUGGUUUUGAUAUUUACUCUGAUGACGAUAAUCUCAAUAAAAAAAAUUCUUAAUUAUUAAUCAUUAGACGAUGUGGCCGGCAUUACUUUAAAAUCUCAAACGAACACGCGAAAACCUUCACAAUAAAACUUAUACAUGUGCUUCAAUUUUAUACUGCAUCGACGUUAAAUUAAUUGAGUUUAGAUUUUAGUUUGCAUUAAAAUUGAUCUGCAUACAUCACUAUUUUUUCUAUAAUUAUAAUAAUAAUUCU